AUGGUGUCAACAGCUAACCGUAACUUCAGUAGAGAAGUGAUCCACAAACCUUUUCCAGGGAAAGCUAUCUACAGCGCGCCUGCGCACUGUGUUUCAGCUUGCUUUCUUAUUAGUAGUGUCGGUGUAGUAGCCAGCGAUGAGGACGUUGUACCCGAGAAGCAUGUGAUCGAAGGUAAAGUGGUGCCUCCAGAAAUCGCCACAUCCGAAUGGCUAACGUCCACACGAAUUCUUGUGAACGGAGGGGAACAACUCGGUUUCCUGAGGAGCGACGGCAGCUUUUCGGUGCACAACCUGGCUCCUGGGUCAUACGUCGUCGAAGUGGCUAAUCCUGACCAUGUGUACGAGCCGGUGCGAGUGGACAUCAAUUCCAAGGGGAAAUUCCGUGCUCGUCGAGUCAACUACAUCCAGUCAAACUUGAUCCAGACUCUUGCGUACCCGCUGAAACUCAAGAGUCGCGGUCCCUUCCAGUAUUUCCAUCGGGAGACAUGGAGAAUCACAGACUUCCUCAUGAACCCUAUGGUUCUCAUGAUGGUGGUUCCUUUACUGCUUAUCAUGGUCCUGCCGAAACUGAUGAACGCAGCUGACCCAGAGACACAAAGGGAGAUGCACCAGAUGCAGAUGCCGAAGUACGACAUGCCCGAGCUGUCGGAAAUGAUGACCACGCUCUUUACGGGAGGCAACAAGAGGCAGCAGCAGGCCAAGACGACUCGAGUGGCCAAGAAGCGGUAGUAGCGAGCUAGGAACGGGGCACGUGAUGCCGCUGCUUGCUGCGCUGUGAUACCCCACUUCAGUAUCUCCUGUGUGUAAAGGAUAUCCUUGGAGCGGAUACUAAUGGACAAGACAUGAAAGGACUGUUUAAUGGAGUUUUUUUUUUUUUUUUCAUACUGGCAUUGCAUUGUCUUAUGCACCCAAUAUCCACUUCCCUUUGUAAAACAGAAGUGGCCCGAAGCAUUUGUGUGAAUUUAGACUCAUUGCCACGCCUGGUAUAA